AUGUUCAACACUGCUAUCAAGAAAAGAACAAGGGGUGGGGGUUCAACUUGCAUAUAUUUCUUUGAAAAUCGAUCUAUCUAUAACUGUUCAUGUCUAUCACAGUCUAUUCAUAAGUAUCACUGUCUAUUCAUAUCUAUCUAUCUAUCUAUCUAUCUAACAUUAUAUUCAACACUUGCGAUCUAUUCAAAUACUGGACGCCGGUCGUACGUGCAAUCUUUUUCUCGUCAAUCAUACAAGCUGCCCAGUACAUUUCGUCGUACAGACCACCUCACGUUGUCGUCCCUAUCGACACGUCAGGUUCAGCCAGACUUGGAAACAGCCUUCCAUAAUAACUGGCACAUAUCCAUCUAUCUAUCUACCUACCUACCUACCUACCUAUCUAUCUAUCUAUCUAUCUAUCUAUCUAUCUAUCACAGCCUGUUCCACAGUAUUUAUGCAAAUCUAUCUAUCUAUCUAUCUAUUUCAUCUAUUCCUAAAUCUAUCUAUCUAUCUAUCUAUCUAUCUAUCUAUCUAUCUAUCUAUCUAUCUAUCACAGCCUGUUCCACAGUAUUUAUGCAAAUCUAUCUAUCUAUCUAUCUAUUUCAUCUAUUCCUAAAUCUAUCUAUCUAUCUAUCUAUCUAUCUAUCUAUCUAUCUAUCUAUCUAUCUCAGCGUGUUUCUAAUUCUUUAUACAAAUUAUAUAUCUAUCUCUCUAUCUAUCUCUCUAUGUAUCUAUCUCAGUUUGUUCCUAACUCUUUACACAACUCUAUCUAUCUAUCUAUCUAUCUAUCUAUCUAUCUAUCUAUCUGAAGUGUUCUGA